AUGUUUAGCGAGCGAUUGACUGGGAUCCUGCUGGCUUUCGCCCAAAAGCUCACCGUGACACAGGCGUUUCUGUUUCUUCUCGCUCUUUUCCUUGCUUUGCAGGUGCUCCUCACCAUUUAUCGUCUUCUAUUCCAUCCUCUGGCCAGGUUUCCCGGCCCGAAGCUCGCUGGAAUAUCUUACUGGUACGAAUAUUACUACGAUGUAUCGAAGAAGGGCCGAUUCAUAUGGAAGAUCAUGGAAUUGCACGAAAGAUACGGGCCCGUCGUUCGGAUCAACCCAAACGAACUUCACUUCAACGACCCCGAAUUCUACGAUGAAAUAUACCACGGCAAGAAAAUGAGGACGGAUCGCGACCGGUGGUUUAAUCUCGACCACCUAGGUCAAGGCCUUGCAUUCACUAUCGACCACGACCUACACGCCAGACGUCGACAUGCUCUCUCCCCAUACUUUAGUAUGCAAUCAAUACGAGCACUAGAGCCUCGAAUCACCGAUGUUGUUCGGCUCAUGGUGGAUCGUCUCCACGAAGCACACAAGUCCGGCACAGUUCUCAAUCUCUACUACCUCUUCUCUGGCUAUGCACUUGAUAUAGUCUCGGAAUAUGCCUUUGGCAAAGACAUCUCGAUGAAGUUCAUGAGUAAUCCAGAAUUUGGCAAACUAUGGGCUAAUCUGACCGCGGAGACAAUACAAAUAAACAACUUUGGCAGGCAAUUUAAAUGGCUCAUGGUGUUUAUGAUGUCUCUCCCAGAAUCCAUUAUGAUCAAGCUAAAUCCAAAGAUUGCUCGGCUCAUAGACUGGCGAGGUAGCAUCGUCGGCCAAGUCCGGCAGGUAUUGGACGAGAAACUGGACGAAAAGCCAAAAGACGAACCGACGACGGUGAUCAGGGAGCUGGUGGGCAGCGACUUACCUCCAGAGGAUAAGACUUUACAACGUUUGUCGGAUGAAGCAAACAUGGUCGUUGGAGCAGGAGGCGAGACAACGGCGCAGACGCUUACUAGGACGUUUUACCACCUGCUCCAGAGCCCCCGCGUCAUGGAACGACUCAGAAAAGAAUUGAACGCUGCCAUACCCAGUCCCAUGAAGAUACCCUCGCUAGCAACACUACAGAAUCUGCCAUACUUGAACGCAGUGGUGGAUGAAGGCGUUCGGAUAUCGUUUCCCGUGCCGGCGAGGUCACCCAGAAUCUUUCGAGACCACGCCUUGCAAUAUGGGGAAUGGACGAUUAAACCAGGAACCUCGGUCUCCAUGUCUCCGUGGAUGGUUUCGAUGAGCGAGAAGAUUUUCCCGGAGCCGUUUAAAUUCAAACCGGAGAGGUGGCUGGGAAACAAGGAACUACGCAAAUAUCAGGUCACAUUUGGUAAGGGAAAGAGAGCGUGUCUGGGGAUCAACCUCGCCUAUACCGAGAUGUUGUUCGCCGUGGCAAUGAUUGUCCGCAACUUUGAGUUGGAGCUGUAUGAGACCACGUGGGAAGAUGUCGAGAUCGUGCAUGACUUCUUCAUGGCGCUUCCAAAGGCGAGCUCCAGAAGUGUACGAGUCGAGGUGACGAAAGAGCUCUCAUGA